GAGACAGGAAGUGGUGUCGCGGAAGAAGAAGCAAGUGGCGGGAAUUAACAGGGACGCUAAUGGAGUUUUAAGGUGGAGCUUUUACCGCCAUAAAGGUCACUGUUUCUAUCGCACUUUUAACGUGGUCAGACAUAACAGGAAGGCAGUUCUAACUGCUGGAGCAGGCCAGGCAUGAGCGGCGCACACCUGGAGGAAUGGCAGAGGAGGUCCUUUGACAUUUCAUCUGGCAGCUGCACACCUGAACAGAAGGCCGGUGCCUACCGUGCCCACAUCCUCUCCAUUCAGUAUGCAUGGGCAAGCUCCCAGCUUUCUCAGGCCGGAACGGCUAGUCUGCUCAGGACCUACUCGGAGCGCUACGCCGCCGUGCUGGACUCGGAUGACCCCCAAGCAGGGCUCAACAACUAUGCAGAGAGCGCUCUCCAUCUGGCACGCAGUCAGAGGAACCUCAGUGACCAAUGGGAGUCCUCGCUCACUGCAGAGAGUGUGCUGCAGAUUCCUUUAGUGCAGAGGAUGAUUGAGACAAGCUCAGGAAGAGAAAGCUUCUCAGUGGCACCAGCAGAUGUUGACAUACCUGUGGGACAAGAGGGCAGAGGUGAUCUCCCUUCGGUUCCGUUUACCACAAGCAGGUCAGAGGCUGCGUGGUUCAAAGCUGCACCGUCUAGCUCAGAGACUAACAACACUACCAAUAAUCUAACUAAUAUAUCUGCAGAGAGACCAAGAGCUUCAGUCGGAAUCUCAAUUAAUCCAAACAUUUUCCCUCGACCGGCAGUCCGACCUCAGUCAGUGUUUAGUCAUCCCUCUUCAGCUCUUCCACAGGGGAAUCCUGGUCCUUCAGGAGGAGCACAGAACCAUCAGUCCUCCUCGUUUCCUUCCUCAAACCCGUCCAAACGAAAGAAUUUUUACAAUCCAGAUGGAAGCGAUGGCAUAAGGGGCCAAUAUGGAGGUCAAGGGGGAACUGAACCCCGAGCCGGAAGCAAUUUUAAAACUGCUCGGGAGCAGCUCAUGGUCGAUCAACAGAAAAAACAUUCCUACCAGCCCCAGAGAGGUCAGCCCCCUGGGAUGGCAGCAGCUAUGAAGAAGUCUCUGGGUGCUAACAGGCCUCGGGGGACUUUUUCCAAAUUUGUGUCACCUAUCCCUCGGCAGGGCGAGGAAGACGGCACUGCAAGUAGAAAUUCCAACCCUGAACUCCAAAUCCUGGACGAGCGUCUGAAGAAUUUUGAGCCGAAGAUAGUGGAGCUCAUCAUGAGUGAGAUCAUGGAUCACGGCCCUCCCGUCGCCUGGGAUGACAUCGCUGGCCUGGAGUUUGCUAAGACUACCAUAAAGGAGAUUGUGGUGUGGCCAAUGCUGCGUCCUGACAUCUUUACGGGUCUCCGUGGACCGCCCAAAGGCAUCUUGUUGUUUGGGCCCCCAGGAACAGGGAAAACGCUCAUAGGAAAAUGCAUUGCCUGCCAAUCAGGCGCCACCUUCUUCAGCAUCAGUGCUUCAUCGCUCACAUCCAAGUGGGUGGGCGAAGGAGAGAAAAUGGUCCGGGCCCUGUUUGCCAUCGCCCGCUGCCACCAGCCAGCUGUGAUUUUCAUUGAUGAAAUCGACUCCUUGCUGUCCCAGCGGACGGACGGGGAGCACGACUCGUCCCGCAGAAUAAAGACCGAGUUCUUGGUUCAGUUGGACGGCGCCGCCACGGCGGCUGACGAUCGCAUCCUGGCGGUCGGGGCCACCAACCGGCCCCAGGAGAUCGACGAAGCUGCACGACGGCGCCUCGCGAAGCGGUUGUACAUCCCCCUCCCUGAAGCGGCUGCCCGGCGGCAGAUCGUGACGAACCUCAUUUCUCGAGAGAAAAACCAGCUGAGGGAACAUGAGCUGGAGAGCGUGGUAACGGCCACGGAGGGUUUCUCCGGAGCCGACAUGACUCAGCUGUGCCGGGAAGCCGCCCUGGGGCCCAUCCGCAGCAUACAGCUCAAUGACAUCGCUACCAUCAGCGCAGAUCAGGUGAGACCGAUUCUGUACGGCGACUUCCAGGAGGCUUUAAAGACCGUACGGCCCAGCGUGUCCGCUAAAGACCUGGAGCUGUAUGAGGAGUGGAACAAGACCUUCGGAUGUGGACGAUGAACCUGGUUCCUCGACUGCCUCUGCCAUACGUUCUUUAGCAAAGACCAAACCAAAAGCUUUGAGCUCUGGUAGGCAUGAGCUUGAGUAAGAAUACCUCAGAUUCAUGUUAAUAACACAUAAAAUAACCUGUAACAUGUGAACUAAGACCCCGUUUAUUUUAUUUAAAAGAGAAAAAUAUUUAAAAAUAUUCCUUUUGCUAAUAAAAUAUUAGAUAUCGCUUCUUAGUAAUAAGGGUGUUUCCAACAUUCAUUUGUUCUAAUUUUGAUACACAGCAAAAAUAUAGAAUGAAAACCUGUUAAAUUUAGUGGUUAUUAAGAGCUUUUUGCACAGAACAUUAUUCCUCUCUCCCUUUCUGCUUCUCCCAGACUAAUGAUCAGAACAGGCUGCCUGCUGCUGUAGCCUGCCAUCAGCCUGCCUUGCCAGCAUGCUGCUUAUAGCCAAGUUUUAAAACAGCAUGAUUUUACUGAGAGGGAUGCACAACACUUCUUUAGUUAAAGCUGUCCAUGUUUUCUGCAGCUGGAAAUAUUUCCAAAGAGCUGAAUUUGUGUUUGUUGUAAGCAGUGGGUAAUGUAGUUGCCUUCUUUCUGUGUGCAGCAACAGGUGGGGGAGGGUUUGUGCUUCCUUUAUGUUCUAAACAGCCGGAGGAAAUUUCAGUGACACUGUGUGCUGUAAUAAAAACACUCUGGUAAACCUUGAAUCCGGUGACCGGCCCACGCCAAGGUGCUGGUUAUUUCGUACCCGACUGCCUCAGGUAUGACAUGGCUGCAACCUGGUUGACCAACAACAAAGUCGAGUUAAUUUCCAUAAUCCACUCAUGGUCUGCUGGAAGGAAGUACAGUUUUAUGACCCCAGUAAAUAAAAGAGACCAGCUGGACGUCGCUGGAUUAGUCAUACGUGACUCGGAGUCUAACACACUCACCAAAGGAUUUAUUAAAGCAGCUUCUAGAAAUUGCUUCUCAAAUAGGGGAAUUCGGGUUGAUUCUAGCUUGCUACUCUGAUGUUUACGUUCCUGUUCUGUAUUGUGGUGCAUCCUCAGGUUUUAGGAUCCUUCAGCUCUUUAUGUUUCAUUCAGAAUUUAAAGAAGAAAAUCAGCAGCUGUUACUGAGACUCAUUUCUGAAACCUUGACUUGAGCAUUGGCCCUGAAUCAUGUUUGUUUCUUCUAACGUUGUGAUCUGGUGUUUUAUUCAGCAUCUUGCUUCGUUCACCAAGCAUGUGCCACCUUAGUAUGUUUCAGGCGAUUUGCAUCAUUCUGUAUGCUCAAAGUAUUAUUGUAUGAAAACAGAAAGAGGACUUUCAGAUCUGUGUAAAGAUUGUGACCCAGAAUUGAAAAAUAAACGUUUGUCUUUGG